AUUAGCACUAUCAGACAAUACCAAAUCCCAGAUUUCGACUAAAACCGUUGUUUACUGUUCUUCCUCUCCCACCACAACACAAUCAAAAUGCAAAGCUCCUGAAAUUUGUAGCAUCAUCACCUGAACCCAAAAAAUACGCUUCAUUUUCUCUCUCCUAAACACCCUCGUUGCCCGAAGCCGUUCUUCUUCUCAAAUCCACAAUAGAGUUUUCUCUGGGUCUUCCACGACGAUUUAGGUGAAAUAGGUUGGUCAUGUAAUAAUGGAUGUCAGAAAUUAUGCAUCCGCUGAUUAUAUGCCUAUACUUAAUCUGAAGACAUCCAAUAUUUCAAAUAAGAUACCAGAAAGUUGUCAUUUUGAAGGGCGAGAGAGAGUUACAGCACCUGUUGUUGCUGAUAAAAUGCCAGAGAAUCCUCACUCUGAAGGGCGAGAGAGAGUUACUGGCCAUGCUGUUGUAGCUGGUGUUGAUAUUGAUCUUAGGGAAGUUUACUUUUUGGUCAUGCAUUUUCUAUCUACUGGACCAUGCCAGAAAACAUUUGCACAAUUCUUGAACGAGCUUAUGGAGCAUCAGCUCUUGCCCAGAAGAUAUCAUGCUUGGUAUUCAAGAACUGGGGUUCAUAGCGGGGAAGAAAAUGACGAUGGUGUCUCAGUCCCUUUGACCUAUGAGAAACUUCUGCAUAGGUAUCCUCACAUCACAAAAGAUCAUUUUGUCAGACUUUUGAAGCAGCUGAUGCUGAGUUCCCCUUGUCCGUCUCUUGGCAUGGGCAAUGGUCCAAAUGCAGCUGAUGUUCCUACUUUAAUGGGGACUGGUUCCUUUUCUCUUCUGAGUUGUGAUAAAAAUGCGGAGAAUAAACAAGCCAAACUUCUGCCUCGUUACUUGCGCUGGCCUCAUAUGCAGGUGGAUCAAGUACAUGGAUUGCAUUUGAGGGCCAUUGGUGGGGGUUUUACACGACACCAUCGUGCUUCAUCGAUACAUUCUGCUUGUUAUGCCAUUGCAAAGCCAUCAACUAUGGUGCAAAAGAUGCAAAAUAUAAAGAGACUUAGAGGGCAUCGGAAUGCUGUUUAUUGUGCCAUAUUUGAUAGAGCAGGAAGGCAUGUAAUUACUGGGUCUGAUGAUCGCCUUGUAAAGAUUUGGUCAAUGGAAACUGCAUUUUGCCUGGCCAGCUGCCGUGGGCAUGAGGGGGAUAUCACCGAUUUAGCUGUGAGUUCAAACAAUGCUUUGGUUGCAUCUGCGUCAAAUGACUUUGUCAUUAGAGUGUGGCGUUUGCCAGAUGGGCUUCCGAUAUCAAUAUUGCAAGGCCAUACUGGUGCUGUUACUGCGAUUGCAUUUAGUCCCAGGACCGCUUACCAACUUUUGUCAUCGUCAGAUGAUGGGACUUGUAGGAUAUGGGAUGCAAGGAAUUCACAGUUCAAGCCUCGAAUCUAUGUGCCAAAGCCUGUUGAUGCUGGGAUUGGUCCAGCUCAGCAGAAUCAUCAAAUUACAUGCUGUGCAUAUAAUGCUAAUGGAACUGUCUUUGUGACCGGUAGCUCUGAUACUUUUGCAAGGGUUUGGAAUGCUCCCAAGUUCAGUGCUGAUGAACCAGAGCAACCAUAUAAUGAGAUUGAUCUGUUGGCAGGACAUGAAAAUGAUGUCAACUAUGUGCAAUUUAGUGGCUGUGCCAUUAUUGCAAGACCAGUCACUAGCGAUGCUCUAAAGGAGGAUCAAUCACUGAAAUUCAAAAAUUUGUGGUUCAGUCAUGAUAACAUCGUAACAUGUUCUCGUGAUGGAAGUGCAAUAAUUUGGGUGCCAAGGUCGCGUAGAUCACAUGGAAAAGUUGGGCGUUGGACUAAGGCGUAUCAUCUCAAGGUGCCCCCUCCACCACUGCCUCCACAACCACCUCGUGGGGGACCGCGUAGGAGAAUCCUUCCAACUCCUCGUGGAGUAAAUAUGAUUGUCUGGAGUCUCGAUAAUCGUUUUGUGCUUGCUGCUAUUAUGGAUUGCAGAAUAUGCGUAUGGAACGCUGCAGAUGGAAGCUUAGUGCAUUGUUUGACUGGUCAUACUGAAUCUACUUAUGUUUUAGAUGUACACCCCUACAAUCCUCGGAUAGCUAUGAGUGCUGGUUAUGAUGGAAAAACUAUAAUAUGGGAUAUAUGGGAAGGGACUCCAGUUCGGGUGUUUGAAAUUGGACGUGGUAAAUUGGUUGAUGGAAAAUUCUCUUCGGAUGGGACAUCAAUUGUGCUCUCAGAUGAUGUUGGCCAGAUAUACCUGUUAAACACUGGGCAAGGGGAAUCUCAAAAAGACGCCAAAUAUGACCAGUUCUUCUUGGGAGAUUAUCGCCCUCUUAUCCGAGAUGCUCUGGGAAAUGUUCUUGACCAGGAGUCACAGUUUAGUCCGUACCAAAGGAAUCUUCUAGACCCUCUUUGUGACUCAAGCAUGAUCCCGUAUCCUGAACCUUAUCAAAGUAUGUACCAGCGCCGGCGUCUCGGAGCACUAGGUGUGGAGUGGCGUCCAUCCAAUAUAAGAUUUGCUAUUGGCCCAGAUUUCAGCUUAGGAGAAGAUUUCCAGAUGAUGAUGCCCUUGCCAGAUCCAGAAGCGAUAAUUGAUGUUCCAGAACUUUUGGAUGUUGCUCUAUGGGAACCCGAAAAUGAAGCUAUGAGUGAUGAUGCAGAUUCAGAAUAUGAUGUAGCAGAGGAAUAUUCCAGUGCCAAAGAGCAGGAAAGUUUAGGGACCAGUUCCUACGGUGAUACGGAUUCUGAUGCAGAGAACUCUGAUGUCAAGAAAAAGAAAAAAGACAGUCUUCGCCGAUCCAAAAGGAAGAAUGAGAGAGCUGAAGACGACUUUACUGCUUCUGGGAGACGUAUUAGGAGGAAGAGAAUGGAAGCUCGCAACGGAUCUUCUUCUGAGAACCGUAGGGGUAGGAGUUUGAGGGGUGGUCGCAAGGCUUCAAAAAAGAGGUCUUCUAAAACUCAACUAAUCAGACCGCAAAGAGCGGCAGCCAGGAAUGCAAUGGGUGUAUUCUCUAGAAUCCCAGAGACUUCUUCACUUGGAGAAGAAGAUGAUGAGGAUGACUCAAAAGAUGAUCCUUCAAACAGCGGAUCAUUUUCUCAAGAUUCUGAAAUUGGAGAUGAUGAUGAUGAUCUUGCUUGGAAUCUGCCGAGCACGUCGGAUCGAGGUGGAGAGAAACUUCACUUUCAUGAAUCUGCUACUGUAAUGGAUCCAAUUGGGUUGUCUGAAUCCCAGGCAUCUGUUGGAAAUAGAAAGAAAUUGGUGCUUAAACUAAUUUCCAGGCCUAAAAGUGAUGACAAAAAAAUGUUGCCAUCUACAUCUUCUUUACCUCAAACGGAGGAACACAAGGAUGAGGAUGUGGAUUUACAUCCUCCUGCUGUAUCUGACUCAAAGCCAUAUCAAACUGUAAACAAAUUCACAAUCAAGUGUAAAGGCCUGCUAGAAAAAAUCCCUAAUCGCACGAGUUCUUCUGCGGGUAGUAAUAUCCCUAUGGAAGUCUCUUGUAGUGGACAGCUUGAUAAAGGACCUAAUAAAGGAGCUGCUGUUGUAGGCAAUUCUUUGGAAAACGCUGUUUUUGUCAGUAAUGAUAACUCUCAUGAUUUGAAAGAGAAAGCUCAGAUGGCACCAAGACCGCCAACCAGGAUCAAGAUUAGAUCAAGUGGAACCUUGAAGCAAGAGAAAACACCUAAACUAAAAUUGGUUUCUGGAAUAAAAAAUCUGGUUGGCACUGAAGAUUCAUCAUCCGCACAUGCAUCUAGUAGCUUUGGUAGUGGCGUGGAAGAAAAUAUUUCCAAUAAUACAGGCUACUAUGAAAAUAGUCAUGGUGCUGAUUUUCCUGAUGCUGAAACUGACGUGGUACGCAGAACUAGGUCUAUGGAGAUGAAAGCAAGCACACGGGAAGCUGGUAGAGGACACCGUAAGUUGAAGCUGCGGAAGAGUGACAGAUCAGCAGGGUCAUCAAAGAUUUCUGAGAAUUCUUCAAGAGAUUGCAUGCCUAAUUCAAACAGGUCCAGGUCUUCUAGAAGCAGGCAAGACAACUUUUUGGAAGAUGACCAGGGUCCUCCAAGUACAAGUCAUUCCAAUGCUAUUGUUGGAAAAAUAUCGUGGCUGAUGUUGUCCGAGCAUGAACCAGGUUAUCGAUAUAUUCCUCAGCUUGGGGAUGAAUUAGUAUACAUGAGACAGGGCCAUCAAGAAUAUAUACAACAAUAUGCCCCGUACGAAAGGGGUCCUUGGAAUUCAAUAAAGGGACAGAUAAAUGAUGUUGAAACCUGCUUGGUUGAAGCUCUUCAUUAUGCCUAUGUUCCUGGGUCCGGUGAGAGCUGUUGUAAGCUCACACUUAAGUUCAUAGAUGAUUCUUCAACUGUGUUUGGCAAAUCAUUUAAGUUGACUCUUCCAGAGCUUCUUCAUGCCCCUGACUUUUUGGUUGAGAAAACAUGGUAUGAUCUUGCUGUUAGUAGAACUUGGACACCUGGGGAUGCGUGCUCAGUUUGGUGGAGACAUGAAAAUGGAGAAGGUGGCAGUUGGUGGGAAGGUAGGAUAGUCUCUGCAAAAGCAAAAAGUCCUGAAUUUCCAGACAGUCCGUGGGAAAGCUAUGCUGUUCAGUACCAGGGCGAUCUUGGUCUUGAGUUACACAGUGCAUGGGAACUACACAAUCCUGAAUAUCGGUGGGAACCCCCACAUAUUCAUUUUAAUACCCGAAACAAAUUUCUUGAUUAUCUUUCUAAAUUAGAGAGGAGGAAACAGGACUAUGGUAUGGUUAAUUUAGAGCAGGUCUCUCGAAGGCCAGAUUUUUUAAACCGGUUUCCAGCCCCGUUGUCUCUGAAUGUGGUCCGAUCAAGGCUGACAAAUAACUAUUACCGGAGCGAGACAGCAGUAAAACACGAUAUUAACGUGAUGGUGUCGAAUGCUAUGUCCUAUUUUUCGAAGCAAGCUGAAAUCUUGAAGAAGGUGAAACGGAUGGCUGAAUUUUUUGAUAGAACAUUAUCAAACUUGUGAACCAAAGUGCCCCCUUUUUUGCGAUUUAGGUUACACCAACACCACAUAUUUUCCAGUUCUCUGCAGAUUUUUGUUCAGAAACCAUGAACUUGUCUGCAUCCAUUGCAAUUUCACCAAUCACUCGAUCAUUUAACGAGGAUCGUCUUUAACUACAGAGCUUGGAGUUGAUCCCAGAUGUGUAUGAAUCAUCAUGUUCUUAUGUUGUGUAACUUUUUACUCCAUUUUUAUACUAUCAUGCUCCAAUUGUUGAAUUUCUCCUAGCUUUGGUAUUAACAUGUUUUUACAGUAAACAGAUUUUCUAUUAUUUUUGUAAUUAUACAUUGAGAAAAUGGUAAAUGUAACCAAAUAAUCUUUUUAUUAGAACUAUUUAUGUUAGUUUACAACUUUA